UUUCCUCUACGCCGCCUAUUGGAAGGAGGCGGUCUAUGUUCAUUGUCGCUCUAUGUUCAUUGUGAAGAAGAAUUUCUUCUGAGAAUAAACUUGUUGCAUGAUACUUAUCGAGUGAUCAGGUUUCCAGAUGGAAAUAAAGGGUAUACUGUGCCUCGCAUAGGAAAAUUGGAGAAGGGGGUGUACUCUGUAUUCUGCGCCGACCGCAAUACAUUUCAGAUUUGGUUCCUUGAUGAAUCGCAUGGUCAGAUGGAGAGGGUUCUGAAGAAUGUCAUCGACCUUCAGCGAGUAGUGGAAAUUUAUCCUACCAACCACGUCGAUGAUCCAUUCUGGGUCGUACAGUCGGAGGAUCAGAUGGAGCUGGUGUUGAAGAAUGGCAUCAACCUUCAGCUUGCAGAUGACAAUGACAAAGCAAUGAUGGAAGACGAUUUUGACUGGGACUCUGACAAUGAAUAUGUGGUCAGCACUAAUGAUUGGGAUGACAAGGGUGAUUAUCGGGAUUAUUUUUAUUGUCUUGGAUUUCAUCCUUACAAAGAGGUUGUUUUCUUUCAUGGGACCUUCAGAACAGUGGCCUACAAUUUUGAUAGAUGCAAAGUUCGAUACUUGGGUGAGAUGAUGUAUGUAUAUGAAGAGCUACAAGAGUCCUUUUCGUACGCCUCAUGUUGGAUGAGGAACUUACCAGGAAGCAACUGAUAUGGAAAGCCACUGCCCAUCUUUACCCUUUGAUUAUAUUUUGUUUGCAGCAAAUGGCCUGUAGUUCCAGGUUUGCUCAACUUCCUUUUAAUUUAUAGCACUUUGUCUUAUUUUAUUCCUUUUUGACAUCUUUAAUUGUCGAAUGUUAUUUGGGAGGGCAAUUUUUCUUGUACAUGUGAGCACACAUGCAGCGUAUGAUGAACUGUUAGAUUCAGACCUCAUUAUACAGGUCCUUUCAUUCACGCAAUUUAGCUACUUUUGAGGCUCCA